AUUCAACAAGCUCAGUCUUUGUUUUUUCUUUUUACAACCAUACCAACAGUGUACCGUGAGGAUGAGCAGACUCAAACCAGCGCCCGCGACAAAGCGACUCGGCGCCGAGUACGCGCUGAUCAGCAAGCAAGACCACGGCGCUCCGUCGACGGGCGUCUCACUCAAGGAUCGAGCUGCACAAGAGCGACUGUUUCGGGAUGUGCUGGAGCAACUCCAGCCCCACAUUGCCGCUGUCGAGUCGGGUCAGUGGAUGCAGGCUCAGGAGGCUCGCACAGACAAGCUCGAGCCGAUCGUUGCCGCAUGCCGCAAGCUGCGUGAGGGCGUCUAUGCACUCGCUCAGCUCGACGAGUUCAGCGUGGACGUCUACGAGGCGGCGGCUCAGGCAUGCAUGGCUGCGCAACGCAACGACGAGCUGCACAAGACACUGGUCGUGCUCGUCCGCGAGAUCUACCCCGCUGUAGCCAUCGGAUUGGAUCCUGCUCGUGCUCGGAGAAGGCGCGAUUUUAUCGGAUGCCUCGCGCUGCGGCUGCUGUGUCAAGACGCAAACUCUGGCGAGUUCAAUUCGCUGCUCCAGCAGCUCUCUCGUGCGGACAUCGAGUCGCCUCCACUGCAGUUUGUUCUGGCCGUGCAUGGUGCAGUGUCGUUGCGGCGGUUCCGGGCUUUCUUCAAGCUCUGCCGGUCUGCGUCUCCGUGGCACGCGCUCGUCCUUGAGACGUUCAAAUCGAACGUUCGCCAAACGGCAAUCUCGAUUUUGACCGCCUCAUUCCCUUCCCUGCCUCUCUCCGUUCUCGCGCAUUGGCUCGAGUUGACCGACGACAACUGUCGGCAGUUUUUGGAGCAAACCUGCAGGUUUACCGCCGACCAGCUGGGAGAUGGGCUGACUGUGACUUUUCGUAGCGCACACAGCACUCGCGUCCCUGCGCCUGUCAAGUAGCUUCAGUCGAGUCUCGGCUCUAGUCAAGUUGCCUGACUCCCAAACACUCUCAUGGCAACUUACGCAGAAAAAAAAGGACCAACCCCGCUCCUCCAACCCAGCGAUAUUUAAACAACCCAAAGACGAAUCUGUCGCCGUUCGUUUGAAAUUCAAACAGACAAGACCAGCUACAACAACUCGCAAGAUCUGAUUGCACUUUGUAAUGCUUUACAAGGCUGCAUGGAUGACAGUCAUCGCGAAAACAACACCAGUGCAAAAAAAAAACACAAACUGAUAAAGGCAAAAAAGUGUUUUUGCUUUACUUGGAAAGAAGCUCGAUAACAGCCUUAACGUUGGCGCCAAUGACCUCGCCGACCUUGGAGCCCUU